AUGGAUGUACCCUGGCCGUUCCUUCUCCUCCUGUGUGCCCUCCACCUGACCUUGACUGGAGUGUCGGGCAAACACACUGAUCACAGAAACCUGUUCACCCAGAGAGUGUGCUGCAAGAGACAGAGCCACUUUGUGUACAUUGGGCAAGACAUAUCUGGGAGUCCUGUCAGUGUGGAUGUGGGAAUCUGCAGGUCGCACUGUGGGGCAGCAUCCAGGCCAUCCCAUGAGGCAGGGCAGCAGGAAUACUCCAAACACUCCUCAAUGCUGGAAUUUCUCAGGAGCAAAAAAACGAGGGCCCGGGGACCUGCUGCUCCAGAGAGCCCGGACACGCUGAACCAGCUGCCCUCCUGCGGGAUGAACCAGGUGUGUGAGCCGACCGGGAUGCGAGUGGACCGGGUGCUCCUGCUGCAGGGGCCCCGGGAGGUGGAGGUGAUCGAGGAGUGCCACUGUGAGAUCAAGCUGACCCAGUGCAUCCGCGUCCCCGCACUGAAGACGUAUUACUCCGAGACGCCAUAUGAGACGGUCAUCGACGUGGGAGGAUGCUCCCGGUCCAAGGGCUCUCCAGAGGGAUUCUCCUGUGUCCCCACUAAGUUUGACUCAGCCUUGGUGGAAACCCCCAACAAAGUGGAUCUCAUCCAGACCGUAGUGGCCUGUGAGCUGAAGGAAAGCUGCUACAGGGUCCCGUAUGUGGAGUACUACUAUGAAAUAGUCCACCACGCAGAUGGAGUCAAAGAAGAGAGGCUCAAAGAAAUAGAUGUGGGCAGAUGUUUGGGAGGCUGCACUACAGGAAACCGAUGCCUUCUCAGGAGUCCAACUGAUCCUGAAAUGUGCCACUUGUGGGCUGAAACACAGUCCAGCUCCUGCGUUCCUCAAGGCUACGAGAGCCACAGCUUCCUCAACCAGCAUGGGCAGUUACGCACCGUCCUCUCCAUCACUUCCUGCUUUUGCAAAAACUGAACACUACUUCCAAGACUUGCAGGGGCUCCCAAACGUUGAUCAAAAAUGGCCGCAGCCCA